AUGGCUUCUGAGCAGACCUUCAUUGCCAUCAAGCCCGAUGGCGUUCAGCGCGGCCUGAUCGGCCCCAUCAUCUCUCGCUUCGAGAGCCGUGGCUUCAAGCUCGUUGCCAUCAAGCUUAUGACCCCCGGCAAGGCUCACCUCGAGGCUCACUACGCUGACCUCAAGGACAAGCCCUUCUUCGGUGGCCUCAUCGAGUACAUGAACUCUGGCCCCAUCUGCGCCAUGGUCUGGGAGGGCCGUGACGCCGUCAAGACUGGCCGCACCAUCCUCGGUGCCACCAACCCCCUUGCCUCCGCCCCUGGCACCAUCCGUGGCGACUACGCCAUCGACGUCGGCCGCAACGUCUGCCACGGCUCCGACUCCGUCGAGAACGCCAAGAAGGAGAUUGCCCUCUGGUUCAAGGACGGCGAUGUUGUCCAGUACAAGUCUGCCCAGUUCGACUGGAUCUACGAGAAGCCUUAA